GUUUAGCUGACGGAACAACACUGAUAUCAAGCAAGGGCUGAGGACAAGAGGCUGAUACAGUAAUAUAGCUUCUAGUGUUAAACAUGGAUAAAUACAAAUGUUAGAUUUUCUGUCAUUAAGAUGAUCUACAACAUUGCAUAAAAUUAGUGAAUUGGGCUACUAGGCUACUGUCCAUUGUAAUGAGCCAUUAACGUUUAAAGUUGUCAUCAUGUCAUGUCUUCAGGUGAAUGCAGAUAACCUUACUACUAGUAGUAGGACCCAUUGGUUCUGUUAAAUUAUUAAAUGUUAAAUAAUUUGGGAAAGCUAAAAGUUUAACCAAUUACAGUUUGAAGAAAUACCUCAAACCCCAGCGGUAUCAUAAUGAGAUCCAGAGUGUUAACGUUAAAUCUACAAAAGUUGUUAACGUCAUCGCCAAGUCUGUCGAUACAUGGCCGUAGUUGUUCUGUGAGUGCAUCGGUCAACAGGAACGUUAAUGUUAAACAAAAAGACGAAUUGUUCAAGACGAAGUUGGCGACUGGACCAGGGUUUCAUGACUUCAUCAAAGAUGCUUCUGCCAGCAAGAAAUCGACAAGCAUCAAUCAGGAAUCCGACAAUAGACAUGCAUAUCUUCCUGAGGACGCCACGGAUGGAAAUUCAAGGAAAGUGUUUUUUGAAACCUAUGGCUGUCAGAUGAACGUCAAUGAUACUGAGAUUGCUUGGUCAAUUCUGCAGAAAAAGGGAUAUCUCCGAGCCAAAGAACUCACUGAGGCAGAUGUUGUUCUCCUAGUCACAUGUUCAGUCAGAGAGAAGGCAGAGCAGACCAUCUGGAACAGACUUAAACAGCUCACUGCUCUUAAAAAGAAGCGAACAAAAGCUCAGGGUCCCAUGAAGAUUGGACUUUUAGGUUGCAUGGCAGAGCGUCUGAAAUCAGAGCUACUGGAACGGGAGAAGCUUCUAGAUAUUGUGGCGGGUCCGGAUGCAUACCGGGACCUCCCCCGCUUGUUGGCUCUGGCCUCUGGUGGACAGCGAGCCAGCAACGUGCUUCUCUCCCUGGAGGAGACCUAUGCUGAUGUCAUGCCUGUGCAUCACACCACAGGACACAGUGCCUUUGUGUCCAUCAUGAGGGGUUGUGACAACAUGUGCAGCUACUGCAUUGUGCCUUUCACACGGGGUCGGGAGCGGAGCAGACCAGUGGCCUCCAUCCUGGAGGAAGUCCGGCUCCUCUCCGAGCAGGGGGUCCGGGAGGUCACGCUUCUGGGCCAGAAUGUGAACAGCUACCGGGACACAUCUGAGCAGCAGUUCUGUGGGUCAGAGCCGACUCAGCUCAGCCGUGGCUUCAGCACCGUGUACCGGAUCCGCCAGGGAGGCCUGCGGUUUGCUGACCUGCUGGAUCGCGUGUCACUCAUUGAUCCCAACAUGAGGAUCCGCUUCACGUCCCCCCACCCAAAAGACUUUCCAGACGAGGUGCUGCAUCUGAUCCAGGAGCGGGGGAACAUCUGCAAGCAGAUCCACCUGCCAGCGCAGAGCGGCAGCAGUCGCGUUCUCCAGGCCAUGCGCCGCGGGUACACAAGGGAAGCCUAUCUUGAACUUGUGGAAAAUGUUUGCCGCAUAAUUCCUGGGGUGAGCCUGAGCAGUGACUUCAUCGCUGGCUUCUGCGGGGAGACGGAGGAGGACCACCUGGAGUCGCUCUCUCUGCUCCGAGCCGUGCGUUACAACGUGGGCUUCCUCUUCGCCUACAGCAUGAGGAAGAAGACCCAUGCGUACCACCGUCUCCAGGACGACGUCCCAGCAGAGGUGAAGCAACGGCGACUGCAGGAACUCAUCUCUGUGUUCCGAGAAGAGGCGGUCCGUGUCAACAGCAGCCUUGUGGGCAGCACCCAGCUCGUCUUGGUGGAGGGAGAGAGCAAGAGAUCUGCUCAGGAGCUGUCUGGCAGGAGUGAUGGCAAUGUGAAGGUGAUCUUCCCCAAACAGGAAGUGCCUGGCCUGGACCCUGGGUCCUACGUGGAGCCUAUCAAACUGGGAGACUACAUACUGGUCAAGAUUACCUCCGCCAGCUCCCAGAGUAUGAGAGGCUAUCCUGUGUGCCGCACCACACUGAGUGAGGCCACUCAUUACUCACCUGACACCCUCCUCAGCACCCUGCAGCAGCAGCACUCCACCGCUGAGCCCCCCAAAGACAGCCACGUACACUCCUGUGGCUAACAGACCGUGUGGACAUUCAGACUGAGAUUGAAAGAGGGAGAGUGAAAAAUGUUCCCUUGUAGAGAGAGAGAGAAAAAAAAGCACUCUGGAGAAGGAGUGGUUAAAAACCCAAAUGUAUUUAUUGUAAUGCUCGAACAUGGAAGGCACAGAUCCACCACAGCCAAACAGAAUGUACUGCAAAGAAAUGCAUAUGUGGUUUAUAAAAAAGACCACAGACGUGUGCAGGUUCAAGUCUUUGGCUCUCAUUAAUUACACCCUGAUGCACUAUGCGGAGAAGACUUUGCUGACUAGGAGGCCGGAAUGGAGGGAUAGAAGGAAAGAAGGAUGGAGGGAUGGGGUAGAGAGAUCGAGGAAACGACUGACUCAUCCUCUGAACUGAACAUCUGUUCCAAUCAGCAUGAAGUCCUGAGAGGGGAGAGAGCAAAUGACUGAGUCAGCACUUUGGCAAUGCCCUUACAGUUACACAGCUACACCUGAUGGUGUUUGUAUAAUGUUUGUUUUAUAGACUGUGUAAACCAUGCAUUUAUAAGGUAUCACAAUACCGUAUAUUUUCUCAGGUUUUUAUUUAAGCAGUUAUAUCUAACUAACCAGCAGUUUUCAACUAAUGUUGAGUGAUGUUACUUAGCUUUUAUUCAGGAUUAUGUACUUGCAGGGCAUUAGUGUGUGCUUAAUUUAAUUUGAAAUCUGGAUGUAAGGACAUCAUGAAAAUAAAGAUAGCUCUCCUAUUCUGGGAGAUUUAGAGGAUAUCUCACCUUCAAGACCUGCAGCUGAGUGUUCACAAGAUUCAUCUUUCCGAUUGCAGGGAGAGGGUAGCCUUGCUGCAGAUGAGCUUGAGGGAGAGAGAAAUACCAGAGAGAUUUUAUCAUGUUCCCCCUGGGAGUACACCAAUAUAUCGCUUUUCUGGAGACAAGUUGCUGCACUGUUAUUGGGUAAGAAAUACUCACCAUUGAUUUUAGGGAGCACGGCAACCUUCAACACCAUCAGGAAAAUGUUAUCGAGCGAUCUCACCUGUAGGGUACAACAUUAGGGUUAUGAUGACUUAUAAAUAGUGAAAUGUUUGCCUUAUAGUACAAAACUGACAGUCCUUUUUUCAUGCUGUCCAUAACUCACCUGAAAAGGACCCACGUAACUGGCCCCCAGUGCCAUAUCCAUUCUGUGGGAGGCAGAGAGAUAUUUGGCUGCAUAUGUCAUGGCUUGACGGGCUCUGAAUUCUCCCAUUUCCCUAACAGCUGUCAGGGUGGGCAUAAGCGUUGAAACUCAGACUCACCUGUUGAGGCUGACCGAGCCGGCUAGUUUCACGCCGGUCACGUAGAUGUGGGCGCUGACGCUGGCUUCCUGGGAGAGAAGAGAUAGGGUGGGGUUGGGGAGAUUUGAGAGGAUGUACAGUUUUAUUUUAUCUGCCUUUUCCCAGCCCUACCACAUCCCCAUACAAAUGUAUUUGGAAUAAUCAUAAACAGCAUUGGAAAUCUGACAUGGCAUGGAAUAUCAACAUUAUUUUGUGAGGACAAAUGGCUUGUGCCCUCUCUAGGACAUGCACAUUCAGCUAGUGAAUGUUGUUAUUGAUACGUUAGGGAUUCACAUAAGCACUGA